AUGCUUUCGUUAUUACUUAUUUCUGCGUAUAGUCAAGAACCUAUAAUUCUUGUACCGCCAAUGUUUGGCUCAGAGCUUAUGGGAUCCAUCACAGAUCUCAGCACGCAUUGGUAUUGUUCCAAAAACUUUAAAGAUCACUUAAUUUGGUUAAAGGACACAAUGGCCGUCCCUCCUCUUUUCAAUUGUCUAGCCUCAUGGUUAACAGUUGAGUGGAACUACACAUCUGGAUUACCUUCUUCCAGAAACAAAACAUACAUUUAUGCCAAGGACUUUGGCGGUCUUAACGGAAUGAAAUAUAUCGAUAGCGGAAUAUUUGGUAAGCAUUUCAUUCCAGAGCUCAUCUACGUUAUCGAAAAACUUGAAAAAGAAGGUUAUGUUGAAGGUGUCGAUCUUUUCGGAGCUCCUUACGAUUGGAGAAUGAUGCCAAUAGCAUUUGAUGAUUAUUUAGCAGAGCUCAAAGCUCUCGUUGAAAAAGUUUAUGCUCAGACCGGAAACAAUAAAGUUGCUUUGUACGGAAUUUCGGGAGGCGGCAAUACCAUUCAGAAGUUCUGCCGAUUUGUACCACAAGACUGGAAGGACAAAUACAUACGUCAAGUUUUACUUCAUGGUCCAUCAUAUGGUGGAUCUGGCGAAGCACUUUCUGUUCUAUGGUUACAAAAUAUUGGAUUCAUUCCAUCAAUAUUUAACACCCAAAACUUCCGCGAUAUGGUUUUCUCUAUUCCAACAAUUUGGGCUCAUCUUCACAACGCUCCAAGUAACACCGAUCCAGUCAUCAUUGGUCCAGAUGGUCACAAGUAUUACGCACAAGACAUUCCACAACUUAUGAUUGACCAAGGAAAGGCAACUGGAGACAAUUUACAAACUCUACUUCUUGCUCAGAAGAAAGUCAUCUUAAAUAAGAUUGAGCCGACUGGUGUUCCAACUUACAUUCUCUUCAACUCAGUGCUAAAGACAAUUUACGGACUUAAUUACUCAGCAGCAGGAAAUUGGUCAGUUCCUGAAGUAAUUUACACUAAUGGAGAUGACACAUUAUCUGCUGAAUCAUUAUACUAUCCAUGCAAGAACUGGGAUGAUGGUCAUCCACUUGUUUGCCACGAUUUACAAAUUAAUGAUGAAAAAUUUAGCCAUGCUGGCCAACUUUCUCAGCCAUCUGUCAUUGAUAUCAUCUGGAAAGUCACAAAAGACGAAUCUUGGAUGGUUCCUGGCCCUCAUAUUGUUACCGGAACGAACACUGAAGGCUGGAAGCAGAUGAAAGCUAAGAAAUAA